CGCCGCCCGACUGUCGUACCUGUGCUAGUUGAGAACAGCACCUUCAUCGUGCCGGUCGCCUGCCGUUCAGCUCAGCACGCGUCCACCACACUCAAAUACUCGCCUGCGAGCAGCGGCAAGAACAGACAUAGCAAAAGGUCGGGAACCUACCCACACCCACACACACACACAACUAGGAUCAUCUCCACCGUGGUGUGGAGGGAGCCCUGGUGAUGCUGGGACGGCGAGAGUGGUGUCUCCUGGUGGUGGCAGCGGUGAUGGCCUCCCCGGGGAACAGCAAGGGGGAGGCGGAAACAGGUUCACCACGCUCCAAGAGGCAACCAAGGUUGGCUUUCCCGCAGUUCCAGCUUGGAGACGUUGGUAUCAGCUUCGGUAUUCCAAACUUCAACGGCGGCGGAGGUAGUGGUGGUGGUGGUAAUAGUGGUGGUAAUAAUAGCGGCGGCAGUGACAGGCAAGACGGGAAUAAUAGUAAUAAUAAUAACCCAUUCGCCUCUGCUAUCGGGUCCAUCCUGGGCGGCUUCAUCAACGGCCAGAACAGACCCAACAACAACAACGGUGGAGGCCGCAACCCUCCCGGGAACCCCAACAGACCCGGUAACCCCAACAGACCCGGUAACAGACCAAACAACAGACCGGGAGAGAAUGUUCUCGGGAAUAUUAACAUUGGCGGGUUGCCCGUCACCGUCACCGGAAAUCAAAAUGGAUUCGGCAUUUCCUUCGGUCAAGGCGGUUGUGGUCAAGACAACGGCGGAUGUGAACAAAACUGCCGUGUGGUGCGCCGGAGGUCUCGCUGCUCCUGUAACCCAGGCUACUUCCUCAACCCCGAUCGUCGCUCCUGCGCCGAAAUGAACGAGUGUCUCCGGAACAACGGUGGCUGUGGCGACGUCUGCGUCAACAACCCCGGCUCCUACACCUGUGCGUGUAAAAGCGGCACCCUGCAGUCUGACCAGCGUACCUGCUCCUCUGGCGGCCAAAAUUGCAACAUCAACAACGGUGGAUGCUCACAGAUCUGCUCACAGAACCAACAAGGCGUGAAAUGCUUCUGUCAGCAAGGUUUCUCCCUGGGCCGUGACGAUACCUCCUGUCUUCAGCUGGACCUCUGUCUCGAAAACAAUGGCGGCUGUGAGGAAAUCUGCACCAACUCCUUCAGGGGCCAAGUUUGCUCUUGUAAACCCGGAAAGGUAUUAGGGAGGGACGGUCGGUGUCAGGAUAUAAACGAGUGCCAGUUUAAUAACGGAGGGUGCCACUACCGCUGCAUCAAUACUCUGGGAUCCUUCAAGUGCGAGUGUCCGCCUGGCUAUGAGCUGGUCAACGAUCGCUUCUGUCAGCAGAACAGACCAAUCCCACCAUCCACCACCACGACAAGUACGACAACCACGACUACCACAACCCAAAGGCCGUCUACGGAAGGCACUGGAGGCACACAACCCACAAGUGGCUGCGGAAUCAAUCCUAAGAAGUCGCUGUUCAACCGCAUUGUGGGAGGGCAGCGUGCGGACCCGAAGGACUGGCCGUGGAUGGCUGCACUGUUACUGGCUGCGUCCAACACACAGUACUGUGGAGGAACUCUGGUCACCAACAUACACAUCCUCACUGCCGCUCACUGCCUCAAACCGUUCAGCGCGAAGGACAUCCGGGUGAAGCUGGGAGAAUACAGCUUCGAACAGACCUCCACUAAUUCCCUCGAAUUUAAUGUUGUCAGUAUCCGGAUGCACGAAAGGUACAACUCAAACACGCAGGAGAACGACAUCGCUCUGAUCAAGCUGGACCGGCCAGCCACCUUCAGCGAGUUUAUAUGGCCUGUGUGUCUCCCUGAGCCACGCACUUCCUACACGGACAGGAACGGCUACGUCACAGGUUGGGGCACUAUCAGGUUCGGAGGACCAGUAAGCCCGGUGCUGCUGGAGGUGGUGGUGCCGGUGUGGAAGCCCGAUGAGUGCAGAAGCGCCUACCCCAACAAAAUCUUCCCGGGCAUGAUGUGUGUAGGCAGCAAAGCGGGCGGCAAGGACUCCUGUCAGGGUGACUCCGGAGGUCCCUUCCAGGUACAGGAGUUCCGCAGUCGUCGGUGGUACGUGGCUGGGAUAGUGUCGUGGGGCGAGGGGUGUGCCCAAGCGCCGAAGCCUGGCGUCUACACUGAAGUUGCUCUUUAUGUCGACUGGAUCAAGAGUAACGCCAUCUUCUAACAUCAAUUGGGAUAAGAGGGAAGAGAUUGGGAGGAGAGAAACGUAGAUAAAAUUUCCUUGUGUGAGAUCAAGUUCCUAUACUGAGAAGGCCAUUUAUGGUGACUGGACCAAGUACUGUAGCAUCAUCAAUCUCUAGCUUCAGGUGGGAUGGGAUAGGAGAGGAGGGGAAGGAAAGUAGGGAGUAAAGGACAGUUAAAUGACUAAGUUGGUGAGUAAACAGAGACAAGAAGUUUGGAAGGGAAAGAGAUGAAGAAAGAUGAGUGGAACAGAAAUAUAAUGGACGAAGGACCAAACAAGUGCAAGACAGAGACCAAAUAACGGGGUUAGACAAAGUGAAGAAGAAUUACCUCAUACAAACAUAAUCGGGAUGAUAGUAAGAUACUUUCAAGGCGAAGAUACAAUAUUAAACACCAAAAGAAAAGGAAAAUGUUAUAUAACUCGCUGGCGCCUGAGACGCACUGCUAUAGUCUUUCAUACACUCACCAGAUCACAGCUAUUAGCCCAUUACAACACAACCUAACCUAACCGUAAUAUCCUGCUGAUUCCUGUACUACAACGACCCUGCGGAUGUAUUAUUGACGAUAACAUCAUGACGCUCAAACACCAAAACUAGAGGCAGUGUAAACCAAAUGCCUUUAAUAUACGAGUAGAAUAUGAAAUUACCCAGCGUUUAGUGUUAGGAAUCAUUAUAUUUCAGGUUUACAAACACUUCCUUCCAGCCAGAUGCAUCUCUCUUAAUCCUGUAGGUGCAGUAAUGUUUUGGGCUGGUACUGCUCUACGCACACACACAAACACACACACGAUGGCCUACGACGACCAAACCCACCUCCUAUUUCUCCUCCUCCAUCUUGAACUAGACUACAAGAAGCAACCUGACUAUUAUUUUAUUUAUUCCAUAUGUCUUUUUAUCUGCGUCAGGAUGUUUAUCUUACGUAUAGAGCAGUGUGUAUCUCGACUGACCAGUAUUGCCUUAUUUCAACUGUAAAACUUUUAUUAUUUCUGUGAGUCCGGGUUAUUAACUCCAGGUUAAUCAUAUUUAUAAUAAUAAAAUAAUAAAACCAU